AUGGUGUAUUCUCCACGAUACCGUCAAACAGACCAACAAAACGAAUGUGCUCUACGUCAUCGGGAUCGCGCAAGAACUGGAACCAGUUCUCAGCUAAGAGCUAAUGGCCUGUUCUCGGUAUAUGAUUUUCGGCGACGGGCAGAGUCAAGGAGACGAGAAACCUUCAUCAUCAUGAUGAAGAUAUGUGGUCUCCUUGACUUUGCCCGUCACCGGGCAGAGUCCAUUCGACGGGAGCAUGACAAUAUAAAAGGAAAUUCCACACAGAAUUCUGACAUUAAAACGUGUGGAGACCUUGAUUCCGCCAACGGUUCAGGAGUGUAUCGUAUCACACCCGUACCAGACAAGUCAUUUGAUGUGUACUGUGAUAUGGAUAGUGAAGGAGGUCCAUGGACAGUAAUACAGAACCGUGAAAACAAUGAAGUGGAUUUCUACAGAGACUGGGAUCAGUACAAAACUGGAUUUGGCGAUCAGCACGGCAAUUAUUGGUUGGGAAAUGAUGGCAUUUUCGCUCUGACUAAGACCCCUUGUGUGCUCCGGAUACAACUGGAAUCUGUUAAUGAAACAUUUGGUUAUGCUGAAUAUACAGAAUUUCAAAUCUCCGAUGAAGCCGAGAAUUACACACUGUCAGUGAGUGGUUUCAGAGGAAAUAUCAGUAAUGCCUUCGAAGAAAACAAUGGUCAGUUGUUCUCAACAGCCGAGAGAGAUAAUGACGCAUACUUUAAGAACUGCGCCGUAAUUCGGAAAGCACCAUGGUGGCACAGAAGAUGUACGGCCGUAAAUCUGAAUGGCGAGUACAACGUUAUACACUGGAGAACUUCCGUGUAUUGGAAGGGAUUUUAUGAAGAAGAUGUACCCACUCGAAUGAAGAAAACAAGAAUGAUGUUAAAGAAACCGUAG